UGGACACUGACAUUUGGUCACUGCUCGUGCCAAGGGGCAGAUGGAGACCCGGCGGGGAGCUCGAGGCCUUUCUCACCAGGGACGUUUCUCCAGAGCCCCUGAGGUGCUGUUAGACGGCAGUGGCAGCAUGGCCAGUUCCAUCACCGGCACUGACCGUUCCCAGCAUGCAGCCUCCAGGAACAGCCUCUCAACUCUGACAUCCACUGAUGCACAGCAUCCCUUUAAAUUGGUUUGGGAAGCCACAGAGAGUUGUGGGCGCUUGCAGCGAGGUUUUGAGCAAAUGGAGGAGCAAUGCAAGAGGCUCCGAAGCCACCAGGAGCAAAUAGACUCUCUGAUGGAAGAAAUCAGAAGUGACUGUGAAAACCUUGAGAAGUCCAAGGAAAAGCUGCAGCAAUGCACUGGAAUCCCGGCAGCAGGAGCCUUGAGUCUGCGCCAGAAGAACAACAAGCAGCUGAAGGAAGCGUCAGCCCAGGCGGAAGAGGCGGUGCAGCAGGACAGGAUGGAGACUUACCUCGGAGGAUCUGCACUGUUCUCUUACGGGUCCUCUUUUGGUGUGUACUGGUCGGUGUCCAUAGCCAAACGGAAGUUUGCAGGGCAAGUGUCAAGCCCUCUGCUCUUUCCUUCUGUGCAGGUCCUGCUGGAAAAGCAGAAGGAGAAGAAUUCUUUAUCAGAGACACUGCUCCAAACUCGAGGACAGCUAAGCCGAGCCUGCCAGCAGGUGCAGCAGCUCAGGCAGGAGGUGAAAGAGCAGCAAGAGAAGGGGCAGACCAUCGAGGCAAAGCUGCAAGCUGAGCUGCAGGAAGCUCGGAGGGAAAUCCAGGCAGCGCAGAAGAGGCACAAGGAAGAACUACGAGGCAUCAAAGAGGAAAUGAAUCUCCUCCUUGUGGAGAGGGAGGCUCUACAAAAGCAGGUGGGAGAGUUGACAUCUCAGCUGGCAGCCUCCAGAGAGUCCCAGGCAACGAUUGUUCAGAGAGCCCAGCAAGAUGUGAGCUGGGCCCAGGAGCAGUCAAGGCAGAAGCUGUUGGAGGUUGAGCACCUCCAGAAGAUGCUGGAGGAGGCAGAACAUCAGAACAAGGAGCUGCAAGUGCACCUGAAGAACUUGGAGAUGGAAAGGAGUCAAUGGGAAGAAGUGGCACGCCAAAAUUCAGGAUUUCGGGCUUCCUUGGACGCCCUGGAGAAGGAAAAAGCCAGGUAAAUGAAAGCCUGUGGGACUCUGCCUUGUGGGAAUGGAUUCCCUCUUUGCCAUCUUUGCACCUGC